GUUCAUCGUAGUCACGUGACGCCCACAUGGAUAAUUACUUCCGGGCGGCAUGGAUAGUUGUCCGUGUAUUGUGAAAUAAACACACUUCUGUGAAUAAAAUAAUGUGCAACUUUAAAACACUUUAAGAUGCCCAUACAUGAUGCCAGUGCACUUCUGGAAAGGAAGACCGAGACAUAAAACAUUGACUGAAUGAACAGAGAUUGUCAGCUGGUCCCAGAUCCACACACAAUUCCCAGGAAAACCGAGGGGUAGAAGGUCAGCAUCAUCAUCACGUGAAGUGAACUAGGGGAAACGAACCGGGGUCAGGACUAGGGAGAGCUCUCGGGAGGCUAUCAUCACAGGCCCCAAGGCAUGCAUCACAACAGAAUUACUCCAGUCCAUGGCAACGGUUGUGGAAUAAAUGGCAACCUUUCAAAAUAUGGGACCAAAGGUCGGAAUGACGCUGCAGGAAACGGUGGGAAUGGCGAGAAGAGCCGAAGCCUCGUCAUCAAGGAGCUGGGGAUUAGCAGCACAGACUUCAUCGGGCCUCUGUGUCGGCCGCAAGAGCCCAAGCCUAAAGCAGAGCCCAAGCCUAAAGCAGAGCCCAAGGCUAAAGCAGAGCCCAAGGCUAAAGCUAAAUCCAAGCUUAAAGCAAAACCCAAGCCUAAGGCCAACAUUGAGAAUGAACUCAGUGACUUCUACAAGGAAUUGGAUGAGCUAGAACCGGUGGACUGUGUUGACGGCAGUACAAAUGAACACACAGAUGAAAGUGACGCUAAGGUCUGGGAACCCCGAAACCCACCCCCCUCUGGGCAACAGAUGUUUCCCAAAGACCAGGACAGUCGCAGGCCUCAUCCAUACAGGAAUGACCACAGUGACCACUGGCCCCCAAAGAGACACAGGCCCGACGUUCAGCAAGGGCCAGACUGUCAUGGGCCCAACCUGCCUUGGGGCUCAAACCAAUGGCAGCAUUCUCAGGCUUUCAGGGGUACACCCAGGCCCCCGUUCCACAAUUUCCACAUGUCUGGGUAUGGCAGGCCCCCUGGACCCCCACCUCCUCCCCGCCCCCCUCCAGGCCCUGUAUGUCCUCCAGUUUUUGGGCCCCCAGUGAGCACCAACUUUGACUGUCGUUGGGAGCGCCAACCAGGUCCCAGGUACCCCCCCUUCAGUGGCUUUGGUGAUUACGAAGCCCCCAACAACGACAGCACUCAGGCUUAUCCUCGCCCUGGUUCUGAUGGCUCCAGCAGUCGGGCUUUCCCUCGCCCUGGUUCUGAUGGCUCCAGCAGUCGGGCUUUUCCUCCCCCUGGUUCUGAUGACUCCAGCCGUCGGGCUUUCCCUCCCCCUGGUUCUGAUGGCUCCAGCAGUCGGGCUUUCCCUCCCCCUGGUUCUGAUGGCUGUAGUCCUCGGGCUUUCCCUCCCCCUGGUUCUGAUGGCUCCAGCAGCCGGGCUUUUCCUCCCCCUGGUUCUGAUGGCUCCAGCCGUCGGGCUUACCCUCCCCCUGGUUCUGAUGGUUCCAGCAGUCGGGCUUACCCUCCCCCUGGUUCUGAUGGCUCCAGCAGUCGGGCUUACCCUCCCCCUGGUUCUGAUGGCUCCAGCAGUCGGGCUUUUCCUCCCCCUGGUUCUGAUGGCUCCAGCAGUCGGGCUUUCCCUCCCCCUGGUUCUGAUGGCUCCAGCAGUCGGGCUUUCCCUCCCCCUGGUUCUGAUGGCUCCAGCCGUCGGGCUUUUCCUCCCCCUGGUUCUGAUGGCUGUAGUCCUCGGGCUUACCCUCCCCCUGGUUCUGAUGGCUCCAGCAGUCGGGCUUACCCUCCCCCUGGUUCUGAUGGCUCCAGCAGUCGGGCUUUCCCUCCCCCUGGUUCUGAUGGCUCCAGCAGUCGGGCUUUUCCUCCCCCUGGUUCUGAUGGCUCCAGCAGUCGGGCUUUCCCUCCCCCUGGUUCUGAUGGCUCCAGCAGUCGGGCUUUUCCUCCCCCUGGUUCUGAUGGCUCCAGCAGUCGGGCUCUUCCUCCCCCUGAUUCUGAUGGCUCCAGCAGUCGGGCUUUCCCUCCCCCUGGUUCUGAUGGCUCCAGCAGUCGGGCUUUUCCUCCCCCUGGUUCUGAUGACUCCAGCCGUCGGGCUUUCCCUCCCCCUGGUUCUGAUGGCUCCAGCCGUCGGGCUUUCCCUCCCCCUGGUUCUGAUGGCUCCAGCAGCCGGGCUUUUCCUCCCCCUGGUUCUGAUGACUCCAGCAGUCGGGCUUUCCCUCCCCCUGGUUCUGAUGACUCCAGCAGUCGGGCUUUCCCUCCCCCUGGUUCUGAUGGCUGUAGUCCUCGGGCUUUCCCUCCCCCUGGUUCUGAUGGCUCCAGCCGUCGGGCUUUCCCUCCCCCUGGUUCUGAUGGUUCCAGCAGUCGGGCUUACCCUCCCCCUGGUUCUGAUGGCUCCAGCAGUCGGGCUUUUCCUCCCCCUGGUUCUGAUGGCUCCAGCCGUCGGGCUUACCCUCCCCCUGGUUCUGAUGGCUCCAGCCGUCGGGCUUUUCCUCCCCCUGGUUCUGAUGGCUGUAGUCCUCGGGCUUACCCUCCCCCUGGUUCUGAUGGCUCCAGCCGUCGGGCUUACCCUCCCCCUGGUUCUGAUGGCUGUAGUACUAGGGCUUACCCUCCCGCUGGUUCCGAUAGGGAUGACAGGGUGAAUGGCUGCUCCUCGCACAGUGAAGGCAUCAGGCCCCGGCCUUACAUGGACUCUGACUGGAAUCGGCACCACGAGCCAGAACCAGAACCAGUGCCCCAGCAGCAGGGUUACCAGCCGCCACACUCUGACUGCGAUUACCGGCCAACCCGCCUCCUGCUCCUCAUUCUGAUGAGGGGACUGCCAGGGUCAGGGAAGACCACGUUGGCCAAGGAAUUACUGUCCUUUGGUCCCAAUGGAAUGGUGCUCAGCACUGAUGAUUACUUCUCCGAGGAGACCGGAUACACCUACAGCCCCUUCCUGAUUGGGGAUGCACACGACUGGAACCAGGAAAGAGCCAGGGAAGCAAUGGAUGGUGGCCGUUCUCCUGUGAUCAUCGAUAAUACGAAUAUAGAGGCCUGGGAAAUGAGGCCGUAUGUGUUAAUGGCCUUAGAGAGGGGGUACAACAUAGACUUCCAUGAACCAGACACCAGCUGGAAGCUGGAUCCUUUUGAGUUGGAGAAGAGGAACAAACAUGGCGUCCCCUCCAGGAAAAUCGCUCAGAUGCGGGAUCGGUUUGAGCUGCCCAUCUCUGUGGACAUUGUGCUGAACUCCAGAGACCCACCACACAAAAACGCACUGUGGCCGCCAUCUCAACACCCACCAUCUCUGCACCCCCCAUCUCAACGCCCCCAAUCUCACCCCCCACCAUCUCAACGCCCCCAAUCUCACCCCCCACCAUCUCAACACCCACCAUCUCUGCACCCCCCAUCUCAACGCCCCCAAUCUCACCCCCCACCAUCUCAACGCCCCCAAUCUCACCCCCCACCAUCUCAACGCCCCCAAUCUCACCCCCCACCAUCUCAACGCCCCCAAUCUCACCCCCCGCCAUCUCAACACCCACCAUCUCUGCACCCCCCAUCUCAACGCCCCCAAUCUCAACCCCCAGCAUCUCAACGCCCCCCAUCUCACUUCCUGCCAUCUCAGCGCCCACCAUCUCACUUCCUGCCAUCUCAGCACCCGCCCAGGUAGCGACACCGCACGAUUCCCUCCUUCCUCGGCAACUAGACCAUCAGGGAUGAAACGCUGACUAUUGAAGAUCUGAUCAACCAGUUUUAUUGCAUUAGAUUUUGAGCUAGUGUUUUUAAUGAAGACGCCAGCAUAUUUUCUACGUUUAUACUGAAAUUUUCAGGUGCCUGAACAUGCACGACAUUGUUUCUUACUGAUUUAAAAAAAAAAAAGUGCAGAUGUGUCUGAGAAUUGUAUUAAUUAAUGAAGGUUAUCGUAUAUUGCUGUAAAAGUUCAGUAGGCAUUUGUCUCAAUGCACGUGUCAUGAUGCACAGUUUCUACCACAGUUCACAUUUCCGUCUAAUAUUGUGUUUGCUGGUGGCAUGUGUGUAAGACGCAUAACGCAACACAUAAUGUAGAGGGUGGGAAGGCCCAUUCUCUGGGCAGGCCAGUAUAGAACACAAAGACACCUUCAGCUAGCAGUGGUCAGUAGUGUUCCAGAGUAACCUUUCCUGAUGCUGAAGUAUGUUUAUUAGAGCAGGCUAUAAUUUUGGUGGCUAAAAGUGAGAAACUACAUGCUUUUCCAUUUAGGAUGUUAGUAAUUAAUCUCACACAUUACAACCAUGAAACCACACAAUCAUGCAUAUAGUAGAAUCAACAAUGCAGUCAUGAUUAACUUGGCUUAGGAAACCAUGACAGAACCUAACAUAUGCAGUAUGAAAGAAAACUUUAAAUUCUGUGGAAGCAGUUCAGCUUGUUGAAACGGCUGUGUAAUGUGAAAAGGAAACAGUGUAGCAGACUUAAUCACAGUUUAAGAGUUCAAGUCAGGAGGGUUUGUUUUUUUUCUGGAAGUUUACUAUAUACCAGGUAGACUCUGCUAUUCCCCCAUCUUCAUGUUGUGAGGUAAUCUGCUACUGAAAAUAACUAAAGCUUUCUGCAAUUUGAUGACUGGAGGGGGGGGGUAUCUUUUGUAUAUUAUUAUACCAAGAAACCCGUUUGCUCAGGGUGGGACCCAAGAGUUCCAUAAAUUCUGUUGCCAAGUGAAAUAUUCUAGAGCUUCACUGCAAAUGUAACCAUUCGCCAGGAAGCACCAUUAGAGACAGGCUUUUUCCAAUGCAUUGAGUGAAGAAUGUUAAAAGGGCGUAUCUGGAUUCAGUUAAGAUGCUGCAUAUUAUUGACAGACAAUUAUCUAUGAUGGGACAUAGAUAUGUUUCCCAAAUACAGUGAGACCACUGACAGCACGUAGACUACCGAUAGACAGCUAUGCACCUUUAUGCCUUCAAUGCAGUUGAAAAGGGUUGUCUCAUUCAAAUUCUCUGACAAAUGGUAACUGACCAAAGGUUUUGCACUAUUAAAAGAAACUUCUAAUUAAACAAAGUUUGUUUUCAUAGUUUAUUUUUGUUGCACCUGAGAGUAAUUUACUGUCAGAUGGGCAGAUGCUCACUUUAAUACUGUUCUCAGUCGCGUAAGAACCAUUGAGAGUCCAUUAUGUAUUUUGUACAAUUUAUUUACAUUAGUUUACCAUACUAAUACAAUUAAUUGUAUUAAAGCAUUGGUGUUUAUGUCACCAGUAUUUAGAGAACAUUUCUACUAGUUUGAUUUGGAAUAUUCCAUUUUUUUUUACAAUCACUUUGGUGCUAAUCUCACAAGUUUGUGCUCAAUUUUCAAAAGCUUAGACACUCAAAACACAGCCUCUCCUAUGUUCAAAAGCUUGUGUUGUGCAUUCAUAUAUUUGAAGAAAUCUUCAGAAUAAUUUGUUUCAAAUAACUACAGUAAUAACAUACAGUAAUGAGUUGGAAAAGGCAAAAAAAGGCCCUGCAUAUACCUACUGUCCAAUCUGAAAACAUUGUCUGGAACAGUGGAACAUCUCAUACAUUAACAUAGGAACAGUGUUGGUAAAGGAUGAUGAUGAUGAUGAAAUAUUAGUAAAAUUAGUAAAGUUCAAAUUAAAACUAGUUUAAAAAGGCUCAUGUUCUAAAGUAAUUGGUGUCAAUAGAUUUCCUUAUCCUAAAACAUUUGCGAUCUAAACAUGGACUGUUAUUACAGUAAUCCUUUUCCAUAACACUGCAUUGGAAGUAAUGUUACAGUUAUCAGUUUGAGCAGUUGGAUUAAUUGAUAGAUGCAUUGUAAUGAAAUGAAAAUACCGUAUCGUAUGUAAUGUGUGUAUUAACACUGAUGUUAAGUUAGUUGUGCCAUUGUGAACAAGUGAUUUUGUUCAGCCAAUUGAAAAAAAGAAAUGAUUUUGAAAAAUUAACUAUCCGUUUUGUGUCUAUAGUUUUGAAAAAUUACCUUGAGGUUCUGAAAUUAGUGCCAGAGUGAUUGUAAAAAUAAAAAUACAAUAAUAUAAUAUUGUCACAAUCUGUCAAUUCUUUAUGUAUAGAACUAUUUUGUAUAUAUUGUCAUUUUACAUUUUGGGAAUUUUUUGUUCUUUGUAAUGUAGUAAAUAAAGUAGUUUGACUCCAAGCAAUCCUGUCUGUUGAAUACAUUUAACCCAGCUGGUUAGAUGAACAGUCUUUAAUUGGGUUUGUCAUGUUUCAAACAGGUUUUGUCUCAAGAAAUAUAUUGCAAAAUAAAAUGCUUUUAUUAAAUGAAAA